CAGUACUCACCACCACACCCCUGAAUUAUACACCCGAAGUCUCCAGCCCACCCGAAACACAGUGUCCGAUUGGUUCUGGGCUUCACUUGGGCGGUCUCUCCCCAUCUCCGUCCUUUCCUCCCCGGUCAUCUCCUCCAUUGCGGGUUGACAGACUCAACUAUUCGUUUCACCGGUUGUCUUCCUAACUUUUUCCGACUUCCGAUGCAUAUGUACAUAGAUUUUUACUCUUAAAGGCCACAAUUACGUACCCCUCAAGAUACAGCGUUUGGGUUCAGGGGGUGACUUGCCCCCUGCUGGCGAGUUCAACCCUUUCCCUGUUGCUCGGAGGGUGAAUUCCUUCCAAGCGAUUGCAAUGGAUGAUGCUAUGGAGAGUGGUAACUUGGGGCCUUACCAAGACAGGCCAAGGAUAUUCCCCAACAUGCGUACUAAACCUUACACACCAUUGAUAUUUCGUGUAAUCAAGAGAAUUAAUGUCCGUAUUCUAUUUGUGCUUCUACUUCUUGGACUCGGAGCAAUCUUCUAUAUUGGUGCUAGUACCUCGCCAAUUAUUGUAUUCGUGUUCUCAGUUUGCAUUAUUAGUUUUGUGUUAUCAAUGUAUCUCACUAAGUGGGUACUUGCAAAGGAUGAGGGACCUCCUGAGAUGGUCGAGAUAUCAGAUGCUAUACGUGACGGAGCUGAAGGCUUCUUUAGGACUCAAUACGGAACCAUAUCCAAGAUGGCAUUCUUGUUAGCAGUCAUUAUCCUUAGCAUAUAUAUGUUCCGCAGUACAACACCUCAGCAAGAAUCUUCUGGCUUAGGGAGAUCAAUGUCUGCCUAUGUCACUGUUGUGUCCUUUCUUCUUGGGGCUUUAUGUUCUGGUAUUGCUGGUUAUGUUGGGAUGUGGGUGUCUGUACGUGCUAAUGUGAGGGUCUCAAGUGCGGCAAGGCGGUCUGCGAGGGAGGCACUGCAGAUUGCUGUUCGUGCCGGUGGUUUUUCUGCCAUGGUGGUUGUUGGUUUGGCUGUAAUAGGCGUUGCUGUACUUUAUUCCACACUUUAUGUUUGGUUGGAGGUGGAUUCACCUGGGUCAAUGAAGGUCACUGACUUACCUCUUCUCUUGGUUGGGUAUGGUUUUGGGGCUUCAUUUGUUGCCCUUUUUGCUCAAUUGGGUGGUGGAAUAUACACGAAGGCAGCUGAUGUUGGUGCUGACCUUGUUGGAAAAGUGGAGCAGGGAAUUCCUGAAGAUGAUCCCCGUAAUCCUGCUGUUAUUGCUGAUCUGGUUGGAGACAAUGUAGGCGAUUGUGCUGCCCGGGGUGCAGAUUUGUUUGAAAGCAUUGCUGCAGAGAUAAUCAGUGCGAUGAUACUUGGAGGAACAAUGGCUCAACGGUGCAAGAUUGAAGACCCAUCUGGAUUCAUUUUGUUUCCUCUUGUUGUUCACUCAUUUGACCUGGUGGUAUCAUCUGUGGGAAUACUAUCCAUUCGGAGUAAACGUGAUGCUGGAGCAAUUGGCGUAGUAGAGGAUCCAAUGUUGAUCCUUCAGAAAGGAUACUCUGUUACAAUAGUUUUAGCUGUUAUAACUUUUGGUCUGUCGACUCGCUGGAUGUUGUAUACUGAACAAGCACCUUUGGCCUGGUUGAACUUUGCUUUAUGUGGUUUGGUUGGAAUUUUGACGGCGUAUGUGUUUGUCUGGAUAACUAAGUACUAUACUGACUACAAGCAUGAGCCUGUCCGAACAUUAGCUCUGUCCAGCUCCACAGGACAUGGAACUAACAUAAUCGCUGGUAUUAGUUUGGGUUUGGAAUCGACAGCUCUGCCAGUGCUUGUUAUUAGUGUAUCUGUUAUUUCUGCUUUCUGGCUGGGCCACACCUCAGGACUGGUGGAUGAAGCUGGGAAUUCAACAGGUGGUUUGUUUGGAACAGCUGUAGCAACCAUGGGAAUGCUUAGCACUGCAGCAUAUGUUCUAACCAUGGAUAUGUUUGGGCCUAUUGCUGAUAAUGCAGGUGGAAUUGUUGAGAUGAGUCAGCAGCCGGAAAGCGUGCGCGAGAUUACUGAUGUUCUUGAUGCAGUUGGGAACACGACUAAAGCUACAACCAAGGGUUUUGCUAUUGGAUCUGCAGCUCUUGCAUCUUUCCUUCUUUUUAGUGCUUACAUGGAUGAGGUAGCUGCAUUUGCUCAUGUAGCCUUUAAGCAGGUUGACAUUGCCAUCCCAGAAGUAUUUGUUGGUGGAUUAUUAGGUUCCAUGCUUAUUUUCCUGUUCAGUGCUUGGGCCUGUUCUGCUGUUGGUCGAACUGCUCAAGAAGUUGUCAAUGAAGUUAGAAGACAAUUUAUAGAGAGGCCAGGUAUCAUGGAUUACAAGGAAAAACCAGAUUAUGGUCGGUGUGUGUCUAUUGUUGCAUCUGCAUCUUUGAGGGAGAUGAUAAAACCUGGAGCUUUGGCUAUUGUAUCGCCUAUAGUUGUAGGUUUGGUGUUUCGGAUAGUGGGAUACUAUACUGGACAUCCUCUUCUAGGCGCAAAAGUUGUGGCUGCCAUGCUGAUGUUUGCUACAGUUUCUGGAAUUCUAAUGGCACUUUUCUUGAACACUGCUGGUGGUGCCUGGGAUAAUGCAAAGAAGUACAUUGAAACCGGAGCUCUUGGAGGCAAAGGAAGUGACUGCCACAAAGCUGCAGUGACUGGUGACACUGUGGGAGACCCAUUUAAAGAUACGGCAGGACCUUCUUUGCAUGUGCUCAUCAAAAUGCUUGCAACGAUUACUCUUGUAAUGGCUCCAGUGUUUCUUUGAAAGUGAUAUUCAAACCAUCUCAAAGUAUACAGCCCUUUCUAGGGCCAUCGCAGACUGCUUGUCAAUCUAAUGCCGUAGGUUACAACUAUACGCGCGCACACACAUAUACAUAUACAUAUUAUUAUUAUUAUUUUGCCUGAGUUUGAAUAAAAAUUUAUUAAGCAAAUUUUAGUUUAUACUUAAAUUGUAGUUCGUAUA